GCCGCGGCCCGCCCUCCGCCGGCCCCGCAUGCGCCGCGGCGCCCGGAAGCGGCGGGCAGCGGCGUGACUUGCGCGGCGGCGGCGGUGCCGGGGUCGCGGCCAUGCUCACGCUCCUGCUGCGGGCGGCGCGGCGGCGCCAGCGCCAGCUCCUGCUGAGCGCCCGCCGGCAGUGCUCCUCGGCGGCCCUGCCCAACGAGAGGAUCCGCAACAUCGGCAUCUCGGCCCACAUCGACUCCGGCAAGACCACGCUGACCGAGCGCAUCCUCUUCUACACCGGCCGGAUCGCGCAGAUGCACGAGGUGAAAGGUAAAGAUGGAGUUGGAGCCGUCAUGGAUUCUAUGGAACUGGAGCGACAGCGCGGAAUCACAAUUCAGUCUGCAGCGACGUAUACUAUGUGGAAGGACACCAACAUCAACAUCAUAGACACACCAGGACACGUGGACUUCACAAUUGAAGUGGAAAGAUCUUUGAGAGUUCUGGAUGGAGCUGUUCUGGUCCUCUGUGCUGUUGGAGGAGUUCAGUGCCAGACAAUAACUGUGAACAGGCAAAUGAAACGCUACAGCGUGCCAUUUUUAACAUUUAUCAAUAAACUGGACAGAUUGGGCUCUAGUCCAAGCAGAGCAGUACAACAGUUGAGAUCCAAGUUAAAUCACAAUGCAGCUUUUGUCCAGAUUCCAAUUGGGCUGGAGGGAAACUUUAAAGGAAUCAUAGAUCUUAUUGAAGAAAGAGCUAUAUAUUUUGAUGGUGCACUUGGCCAGACUCUUCGAUACGAUGAAAUUCCGGCUGAAUUUAGAGCUGAGGCUGCAGAAAGACGUCGGGAAUUGAUUGAAUGUGUUGCUAACGCAGAUGAUCAGCUUGGGGAGCUAUUUUUGGAAGAAAAGAUUCCUACAGCUGCUGAUUUAAAGCUUGCAAUCAGAAGAGCAACAUUGAAAAAGUCCUUUACCCCUGUACUUGUGGGAAGUGCUUUGAAGAACAAAGGAGUACAACCAUUGCUGGAUGCUGUCUUAGAAUAUCUGCCAAAUCCUUCAGAAGUUGAGAACUAUGCUAUACUUAACCGGGCGGAUUCUGAGGAUAAAACCAAGUUCGUAUUGAACUCUGCUCGAGACAAUUCCCAACCUUUUAUAGGCCUUGCUUUUAAACUGGAGGCUGGCCGUUUUGGGCAGUUAACUUAUAUUCGGGUUUAUCAGGGGAUGCUGAAGAAAUCUGAUUAUAUCUAUAACACUAGGACUGGGAAGAGAGUGCGUGUGCAAAGACUUGUUCGUAUGCAUUCAGACAACAUGGAGGAUGUAAAUGAAGCUUAUGCAGGAGACAUAUGUGCAUUGUUUGGAAUUGAUUGUGCUAGCGGGGAUACGUUCACUGAUAAAACUAGUACUGACAUUUCCAUGGAAUCAAUUCACAUCCCUGAUCCUGUCAUUUCAGUAGCUGUCAAGCCUUCCAACAAGAAUGACUUCGAUAAAUUUUCAAAAGGCCUGCACCGCUUUACAAGAGAAGAUCCCACCUUUAGAGUCCAUUUUGAUGAUGAGAGCAAAGAGACCAUUGUUUCUGGAAUGGGAGAACUGCACUUGGAAAUCUAUGCUCAGCGAAUGGAAAGAGAAUAUGGUUGUCCUUGCACCAUGGGAAAGCCAAAAGUUGCCUUUAGAGAGAACAUCUCUGCACCUGUGCAGUUUGAAUUUACACACAAGAAACAGAGCGGUGGGGCAGGCCAGUAUGGGAAAGUUAUAGGGGUUCUUGAGCCUCUGGAUCCAGAGGACUACACAAAGUUGGAAUUCGAAGACAGAACCAUCGGCACAAAUAUUCCAAAACAGUUUGUGCCUGCUGUUGAAAAGGGAUUCCGAGAUGCCUGUGAAAAAGGUCCGGUGUCAGGGCACAGGAUAUCUGGAGUCCGGUUUGUCCUAGAUGAUGGUGCACAUCACAUGGUGGAUUCCAAUGAAAUCUCUUUCAUCAGAGCAGGAGAAGGAGCUCUAAAGCAAGCUAUGGAAAAUGCUUCUGUGCGUAUACUUGAACCCAUUAUGGCAGUGGAGGUGAUGGCACCCACUGAAUUCCAGGGAGCAGUGAUAGCUGGCAUUAAUCGCCGUCAUGGAGUGAUCACAGGACAAGAUGGCACAGAGGGUUACUUUACUCUCUAUGCUGAGGUGCCACUGAAUAAUAUGUUUGGAUAUGCCACUGAGCUGAGGUCUUGUACAGAGGGAAAGGGUGAAUAUACAAUGGAAUACAGUAAAUAUCAGCCAUGUUUGCCCAGUACCCAAGAAGAAAUAAUUAACAAAUACCUUGAGGCAACAGGAAGACUUCCCGCAAAAAAGGGCAAAGCUAAGAGCUGACUUUCUUCCUCUUGAGUACAUUGAACAGUUUUUCACAAUCUUCUCUAAAAGCUCAGUUGCCCAAGUGAUACAAGAGAUCGAGACUGGCUGGAUAAAUACAGACUGCAGUGGGACUUCAUUACAUCGUAAUACCCUUCCUUUACGGUAUUCUCAGAAGUCACCAGGAGAUUAUAGCUGAAUUGUUCACUUGUAGAUGCUACUCAUUAACAAAAUACAUAAAUGUGAUAACAUUGACAAUAAUUUGUCUUGAUAUUUGUCUCAAUCCAUUUAUAUUAAAAUUAUUUUAUUUUUUUACUUGAUAAAAUAUUACUGUGUAAUUAGGCCAGUUACUGUUUCUCUGUUUUUGAAAGAUUAAAAAUCCUGGCUUAGGAGACUAAAUGUUAACUGCUUGAUAGGCACAGGGGAUGAAUUUUCAUCCAAUACGGUGAAUAUUUUUCACUCAAGUGCUCCAAGCACAGAUCCUUUGGUCCUACAGCUCACUUACAGCAUAAGGUCUAGAAAAAAGUGCCAGUAUUUUCUUCUCAUCCUUCAGAAACAGUGUUAAGAUCCUCCAAAGUCAUAAUGAAUGAAUGAACAAAUUCACCCAUUAGUGGAACUGGCGUUUCACCAAAUCUGCUUAUCGCAGAUGGUAUAAUGCAUUUGAAAAAAGUUGAGAAGAAUUUACAUAGAAGUAAACUCUUUUCUAAACUAUGAGCAAUAUGGGUUUAUGUAUAUGUUGCUUACUUGGCUUCAGGUGCUCUACCUUCCUAAAAGGAUCUGUUUGUCAUAAAACCAAACAAAAAGAUUCCGUUCUUCAGAAUCUUAAAAUCAAGAGAUCGUGUUCUGGUUGAUGCUCAUCUUGAGAAUCACUUAGUUAGAUAUUGUUCACUUAUAAUACAGAGAAAAAUUGAGGCUGUUACAGUUAGAUGAGGGAGAAAAGAUAUCAUCACUUUUUUUUUUUAAUGUUAUUAUUAAAAGAUCCACUAUGAA